UCGAAAUAAUCAUAGUUAUGGACUAAUAUUUAUCUUAAGAAUAUUAUUAAAAUAAUAACAUAGUAGUGACAUCUUACAUGUAUGGAAUUGUACGCAUAUUAUUAUUUUCAAGACACAGGGUAUUUCUGAAGGGUUGAGGUCCUCACGAUCGCAAAAUGGCACGCGGAUAGUAAGAAUUAUCAAGAAAUAUAAUAAAAAAUAUACACGGCGAACGAUCGUACUGAAUAACGAUGGCGUCGGCUUACAUUAAAGAUGAACAAGGUGGGACAUUUAUUCCUGCCAGUCAACGUCCAGAUGGUACAUGGCGUAAACCGCGUCGUGUCAAAGAUGGUUAUAUACCACAAGAGGAAGUCCCACUAUAUGAAAGCAAAGGUAAACAGAUAAAAAAUAAACCUAUAUAUCCAAUAGGUGCAAGUCCAGAAUUUAUAGCUGAGCAUAAAGCUAAACAGGAAGCAUUACUAGCAGCAAAAUCUAAAACUAUUCCUGGUGCUUCAGUUAAAACAGAAGUAAAAAAGAAAAAGAAAAAAAAUAAAAACAAAACAACUGAACGUAUAACGGAAGAAUUAGCUAAAACUACUCUUUCAGAAUCAGAUCAGAAAAAAGAAUUAUCAUCACAUAAUAGUAAAUCGCAAACUAAUAUAAAAACAAUAUCUAAUAAUCAAACAUCAGUUCCCAAAUCAAAUGUUCCAACACAAUCUGAAAUUUCAAUACCAGAUCCACAAAAAAGGUUGAAAAAUUUAAGAAAAAAAAUUAGAGAAAUUGUAACAUUGGAAGAAAAGAUAAAAAAUGGUUUGUUAAAAAAUCCUGAGAAAGAAAUACUUGAUAAAUUAGCAAGAAAAGCUGAAAUUUCAAAAGAAAUAAAACGAUUAGAAGCAAGUCAAUAGAAAGAAAAAGAAAAAAAUAUAUUUACCUAUUCUAAUGAACUAUCACUUUAUAGUUGUACCUAAACAAAUGUGUGUUUUUCAAAUUUUUAAAAAUUUUAAUAUGAUCUUAUGUAAUAUCACUUUCUCAUCCUCUUUAUACAGUAAAUGUAUAGCAAUAUAAAAAUGUACAUUUAUAUACAGAAGAUAAAAAUUAAAUACUAAUGAAUUUAGUAUGCUACAACAUCACUAUGUGAAAGACCAAUCAGAUUUUAAUAAAAAAUUGUUUUUGCAUAUUA